GGCGACCCGUGCGGCAGGGUUUGAUGAUUUUGUCCAUAUCACAUUCUAGGACAGACUGAACUUACAUAUCUCCGUUGUCGCCCUGUUUCUGAAGUUGUUUAACUUGCAUAGCCGUCACUUUGUCUGCAAGCCAACAGAGACUCGUCCGCUCUACAACCAACACAACACAUAAGCAAGCCGACAUGACAAUGGGAUUUUAUCUCUUUCCAGCUCUUCUCUUCGCCUCCGUAGCGGUCGGGCACCAUCUGGUACCACUUGAUACCAGGCAAUCGAAUGCUACUGCUGCCAGCAGUGUGCCCUCUCGCGUCGAGAAUGGCAUCCAGACCGAGUGCAAGACCUGCCCGUACAGCCUCUGCACCAACGUGGUCGCCUAUGAGUACAGCCAGGACAUGAACCUGACGUGCUGGACGACAGGAGACAUGAUCGUGGACACCAACACCUGGUACAAGACGACCGAUAACUGCUAUGUUACCGAGUGGGAUAUUAUUGAAGGAAAUUACACAGAUGUGCUCGCCUCUUGUGGCGAGGUCGCCGAGACGUACACCAGCGGGCCAAGCAAGACCGAGUACAACACUGAGUGCAACAUCAUUCCCGAGUUUGUCGGUGAGAUUGAGGACCACACGAAGAUGUACCAGCCUGAGGUCGACCUUACUCUCACAUGCUACACCAUCAAUGGGGACGAGGUGCUUGGUAACAGCAAAUGGUACAAAACCUUGUCGAACUGUUACGUCCCAGAGGCCCAGAUCGAGUUCGUAGACGCCGAUCUCGACGACUGCGGUCCCAUCCCCUUCUUGGAGGCCAAAAUGCGGCAGCCUGAUCCAGAGCCAUCCACACCUACGCCCGCAGAAGAUUUUGCCCGUCGUGCGGCCAGCGGAGCGGAUGUAGGCCGACAGGAAGAGCACAAGCGGUGGUUGUACCUUACGCAGAUCGGGGACGACCAGGCCAGCUGUCUGGCGGAACCGGACAGCACGAGCGAGUCUCAGCACACGUAUUCGUUUGGGGAGUAUAUUGUUGUCCAGUGCGCGACGUAUAGUGAAAACUUGGUAGAUGACAAUCAAAUCUAUCUGCUCACUGAGGAUUUCUGCUGGGUCAAUGAUACCCUUACAGACCCGACUCUGAUCGACGACGAGACCAGAGCUGAGCGAUAUCCAAACUGCAACCUCUUCGUCGACACCGUCGUAUAGAGGGGGCCAGGGCCCGGGCCAGGGAGAUACAGUAUGUGCAGGUUUCUUUUGGCAAAUGGGCCUGUUGUGGUUCUCGAUAAAACCGUCCUCAUUUAUCUUGGUCACGGUAGCCUCGCUCGAUCGCUCGUUGUUGAGUGUGGGAAUCGGGCAUCGAUCGCAAGCCGUCCUGAACUGUGCAAACUUUGAAAUUUAUUAGCGGACGGCAAGGCGAAUAUUGCACGGGAAACUCUCUUUCUACGCUCACGGGUCGAAUCUUGUUUCCUCAUCUUGAAAUGUGAAUGUGCAGCAGGAUACGACUCGGGGGAAUCCUAUAGGAUAUUUAGUUGUUAUAAAAAUAAAAACAAAAGGAAGAUCUUCAGGC